GGGGCGGGCCGGGCCGCGGGCGGCCCAAUGAGGCACGCCGCCGCCGCGGGCCUGUCAAGGGACGGGGCCGGGGGCGGGCGGCGGCGAGUCGGGAUAAACACUCGGCGGUGGCGGCUGGGCUCCGGGCUCCGUGCUGUCCACACAUCGCUGUCCCUCCUUGCUGGCCAGCGCGGCGGCUCCUCGGGGUUCCCGGCCGGUGGCCCGCGGGCACGGAGAGCCGGCCCGCCGGGUGCAGGAUGGCGACAGCCGUCGGGAUGAAUAUCCAGCUGCUGCUGGAGGCGGCCGACUACCUGGAGCGGCGGGAGAGAGAAGCUGAACAUGGGUAUGCCUCCAUGUUGCCAUACAGUAGCAAGGACAGAGAUGCCUUCAAACGGAGGAACAAGCCCAAGAAGAACAGCACCAGUAGCAGAUCAACUCACAAUGAGAUGGAGAAGAACAGGCGUGCUCAUCUCCGCCUGUGCCUAGAGAAGCUAAAGGGAUUGGUACCGCUGGGCCCUGAGUCAAGCCGACACACCACCCUGAGUUUGCUGACAAAAGCCAAAUUGCACAUAAAGAAACUUGAAGAUUGUGACAGAAAAGCUGUCCACCAAAUAGACCAACUUCAGCGGGAGCAGCGGCACCUGAAGCGGCGGCUGGAGAAGCUGGGUGCUGAGAGGACUCGGAUGGACAGCGUGGGCUCUGUGGUGUCCUCAGAGCGCUCCGACUCGGACAGGGAGCUGGACGUGGACGUGGACGUGGACGUGGAUGUGGAUGUGGAGAGCACGGACUACCUCAAUGGGGACCUGGGCUGGAGCAGCAGCGUGAGUGACUCGGACGAGAGAGGCAGCAUGCAGAGCCUGGGCAGUGAUGAGGGCUACUCCAGUGCCAGUGUCAAAAGAGCCAAGCUCCAGGACGGGCACAAGGCAGGCCUCGGGCUAUAGGAGAGGGCCCAUCCAUCCUCUCCACCUCACCUGGUUAGGUAGUGUACCAUACCUGUCCAGACGCCCUUGCACGCAAACCUCAUGUACCACCUUGACCAAUAUCAGCUCUGUCCACUUUGCAGAAAGCACAUAGGGUUGUGGUCUUGAGUGCAGUCAGUAGCUUCUCUGUCCAUCCAUGUCGACGCUGAGAGACUGUACAUUCCAGUCAAUUCAAAGCACCCAAGAAUCCUUAGCCCAAGCAAGUGUCGCCUCUCAGCAGCCCCCUGUGCACUGUCCUGCAGCUGACGAGAUCUUUCUUAGUUUUCUGGCUCACGAUGGUACUCGCCCAGGAGAGAAGUUCAAGCUUUGUCUGGCACAUAGGAAACCGCAGCAGACAAACUUCUCAAAGGGAACUCAGUCUCAGAAACCCCAAGGGAAGCUUUGAAAGCAAAGCCGAAGAGCACUGAGAAGCCAGGAGCAUCUCCAGCAAGCCCUGCUGCAGCCAGCCACAGUGCUGAGGUGGCCCUGCUUCAGAGCAGGCCCUCAGCAGCUCAGGAGAACAGUGUGCCCCCAUGUGCUGUGUCUCAAGGCACCCCCGUGCCCCGAGUUUGUUGAUGCUACUUGUCUCUGGAACAUUGUCCUACCUCAGAGAUAGACGAGAUCUCCUUGUCCACAUGACGAAAGUGACUGCGUCUUUGUCCCCUUCCACCCGCAUCCCUGUCGGAUUCCCAGCAAUAACUGAGUUUUGGCACUGGCUGAGCUAGUAGCCACUAUCUGUGAGAGAAAGAAGCCACAAUUCUUCUCUGUGGCAAGUGAGCAGGAGGGUUCCCAUGUCACCAGAACCCUCCUGCUAAGUUAUUUUUGAACAUAUCUGGAAGUUUCCUUCUGGAGACUUGCAGGUCUGUGGCUUAAAAGGAUGAUUUUUCCCCUUGUGGCAUUUUUAUUUAAGGUAAACCAGAGCACAUGUGUACAUAAGACACACAACACCUAUAAAUACUAUUUAUUCAUUUUAUAUAAACUAAUGUAAUGCAAUAUAAAUUCUUAUGACUGCUUUUAUAGAUGUUCUAGAAACUUUGUACGUAGCUGUCUACAAAAUUAAUCCAUUUCCCUGAAUAUUUUUGCAUUCCUAUUUUGAGGUCUAAAUGUGUUCAGCCUCUGGUGGGUCUUUUUCACUGAAUCUGAACCAUCUGUAAAGGCUGCGGCCGAGCCUGUGUCACCAGGGAAUGGGACAGUCCUGAAAUCCACAGGUGUCACUAAGGGCUCCACAGCUGACUCCAGCAGCAGGCAGCUACACAGUCACACAUCCCCUCCUCAAGUCCAAACUUACCCUGGCAGAGAGCAGCCCCAGCCACACAAGGUCACUGUGGACAUCUGUGUUCCUUGAUGGUCCCAAAGUCCUGCUUUGGCUUUUUUUUUUUUUUUUUUUUAACUUGUUGGAGUGUUUUCCAAAUACCAGCUGAAAAUUAGCACAGAAACACAGCUUAGAUGCCAUUUGUGUUUGUAAAGCCCCUUCCAGAGCCUAACAGUGCAGGUGUGCAGAGAGCUGGCAGGCCUGGCUCUAGAUAGAGCUGUGCCUGGAGGGCCCUUGGGAUCCCUACCUGCUAGACCUCAAGAGCAUCGUGUCUGUUCACUGUACCCAAAGCCAUCGGAAAGUCAGGACCACGGGAGGACGCUGUGGGCUGCCCAGGGGGAGGGAGCAAACCUGUACACAUAUUUAUUUCACUUAGAAGGUGUCUGAGAGAUGCCGCCAUUCUCUGUGCUUUCAUUGUUGCGCCUUUGAAUUAAACUGCUUUUUUAUUUUUUAAUUUUUUUUGUCUUUCGGUUGAAAUAUGAAGUGUACUGUCCCCACAUAAAACAGUGAUUAUUUGACCUUCAUCCUGUUUGUCUGGUCCUUGCAUAGGUGUGUGGUAGAUCUCUGUAUUCUUAGAGCACUUGACAGGCUAACUGCCAAGGGCAGGCCUGACUCUGGAAGCUGGACUGAGUCACUGUGGUAGGCAGGCUUUUCUCUGACCAAAACUGUAGCUUUUGGGGUCCUGCAGGCCUUGCCCAGGGCAGCUAAUUCCCACCCGGUCUCUCCUUCACUCAUCACCAGCACAGUCUGCCAAGAGCGAGGCUCAAGAGUGUUUUUUAUUUGCUUAAACAAAAGGAAAAACCUUUCUAUUAAAGUUGUUGGGAGGGGGGGUGAGGGAGACACAGGUAUGAACCCCGGCCAUUAAGACUCUGACAUUGUAUAAGACUAGAAGUGUGUCAAUCAGUGAAGCACGUGCAUACUUGUAUAUAAAAGUUCCUUCUGAAACCAAAAUCUCAACUGUACUCUAACGACACUGUCGCAAUACAAGUGGGAACACAGGAGCUUGCUGUCAGCUUCAUUCCAUGCUGCAGGGAAAUGUUUGCACCAUCCGGAACACACAGAGCUGGCUUUGGAUGUCCGCCUGCACCCAGCAAGGUCUCUGACUUUCUUUUGCUAACCAGGUAUCUUGAAAUCAGUAGCAACUACCAGUGCCUCUGCCCUGGAAGAACUGGUGCUGGCUUGGUGAGACUAUUGCGGGUCUUGAAUAGGACCUAGGUUUUCCCUCUUGACCCAAGGCUAGAACUUCUCCAGCUGGGAUCCCUGAGUUGGGCAGGCCCAACCCUACAGUGGCUGCUGGAGUAGUUUUAUUGUUUGUUUUUAAAGUAGCAUUUUCAUCUACCCCAAGGGUUUUCUUGGGUUUCCUGUGGCCCUUCUCCCCAUCUUUGAUGUGGCCAAGGGUAUUUGGGGUCUAAGAACACAGGAGAUGGCAUAUGAUACUCAAAACCUUCUAGCAAUAUCUUGGGGACUUGACGAUGAGUUUUGUGGACUUUCUCCCUCUUGCCUUCUUCCCUGUCCCUUCAAGAGAGAACUUAUUUUUUGAAGAGCAUAUAUAGACACAUUAAGGUUUUAUACCAUGCUGUAUUGGCAGGAAUACCACUUUUAUUGUGGUCUGUAAUUUAUCACCCACAUCCUGCUUUCUGUUUCUUCCCUGGCUGCAGUGUUUUGUCUCCCUGCUUUACCAUCCCCGUGUGUGUCCUGCUAUUCUCUGUGUCUCUUUGGUAUUUCAGUGGCUGCUACUCCUGACUUAGUGCUUUCUGGGAGACGCCGGCCCAGCGCCUUUUGCCUUGUGCUGGCCUCUCUCACGCUGUGUGCCCAGAGUGCUGUAGUCUGCAGCAUGGUUUGUUUUCAAAGAUCCUGGGUUGAGGUGGUGUGAAAUGUGGUCCAUCAAUACUUCUAAUACUUUUCUUUAACUGUGGUCUUCUAAAAGAAAUAAUUGAUUGGCACCAUUAGAUUCCGCUUAUGGAUGGCCAAAGAAAUUGAGUGUUUAGCAUAUCUCAAAAUCAAACAGUGAGAUAUGCUAACAAACAGAAUCAAUCAGGAAGGCGCUCUGUGCUGAGAUGUACCUGGAUUUCUUCCUUUGGGUUCUUACUCUGUCUAGGAGGGCAGUGGGGUGAAGAGGGCAUUCUUCGUUUUAGCUUUGAUCUAAAAACCAAGCUUGCCUCCACCACUGCCCCUAGAAUCGGUGCUCUGGUAUGCUGCUGUGAGUGGCUAGUCUGGGGGACCGCCUUUCUAAAGGGAAGCAGCCGGCCUUCACAGGAGAGCCGCAGGUGAAGAGUGGGAAGCUUGUUUCCAGAUGUUUCUUUAUGUAAAUAUGGUGCCAAUGUAAACCUCUGCUGGGACUGUGGAGAAUGGUGCUGGGGGGGAGGGGGCUGCAGUAAGCACAUGUGUUUUUAGAAGCCAUCAUGAUUUAGAGACUCCUUGCUGUGUGUAAAGUUAUAUGUCCAUCCAUUAACAAAUAAAUUAUUUCAUUAUUAAA